AUGAUGAAGCUAGCUUUAUUCGCGCUCGUCGGAACGGCUGUUGCCUCGCCCGUAUUCCUUGAAAAGAGGGCGUCCGUAACCGACGCUUGCAAUAUCGGUUACUGCACUCAAAAUGGCGGAACUACCGGAGGAGCCAGCGGCUCACAAGUAACCGUGAAAACUGUAGCUGAGCUGCAAGCAGCUGCCAGCGCGAGCGGUGCCGCCAUCAUUUUGGUAGAAGGAAAUAUCUCCGGGGCGGCCAAGGUGUCUGUCACUUCAGACAAGACCAUCAUUGGAAAGUCUGGAAGCUCACUCACCGGCGUCGGCCUCACAAUCAACGGACAGAAAAACGUAAUUGUCCGAAACCUGAAGAUCAGCAAGGUAUUGGCUGAUUAUGGGGAUUGCAUUACCAUCCAAGAGUCGACCAAUGUCUGGGUAGACCACGUCGAUCUCUCGGGUGACAGAGACGUGGACAAGGAUCAAUACGAUGGGCUUGUCGACUUGUCGCAUGCUGCCGACUAUGUGACCAUUUCCUACACUUAUUUCCAUGACCACUCCAAGGGCUCGCUGGUUGGUCACUCUGACAAAAACUCUGCCGAGGACACUGGCCAUCUGCGCGUGACUUAUGCCAACAACUAUUUCUACAACGUUCGCAGCCGUGGCCCUCUCUUGAGAUUUGGAACUGCUCAUGUCUACAACCAAUACUACAAUACUAUGGAUACAGGCCUGAACACCCGUAUGAAUGCCCAGGCGCUGAUUCAGUCCUCGGUGUUCGAAAAUGUAGGCAAGAAGGCAAUUUUCAGCGAGUCGAGCAGCGAGGUUGGAUACGCCGUGGCUAUCGACGUCGUGCUGGGUGGUGAGAGCGCAAAUACGGCCCCGGCUGGCACGCUGAGCGCCGGCAGCUUCCCUUACUCAUAUUCUCUGCUGGGGUCCGGCAGUGUGGCUUCAAAGGUACCCUCUGAAGCUGGCCAGAAGCUGAGCUUCUGA